AACAUGAGCCCUCUGUGGUUCCUCUUCUGUGAACUGAAGUCUCUGGCUUCUUUCCAAUUUCAGAGGAUUCUGCAACACUUUCUCUUGAACCUGACCUCCCAUCUCUACUCACUCACAGAACCCCAGGAGCUCUUCCCAAUGCAGCUACUUCUGCUGCUGCUCUUGGUGUGGAUGCAUCACUGGACACUCAGAGCCAAGCCUUCUACUGCCACAGAGUGCAAGGGUGAUAGACACAAGGCGGAAGUGGAGAUGGUGCUGGUACAGGAAGGCCUCUGUGUCCUUGUGCCCUGCACAUUCACCGGUCCUAGGGCCAAUUCUGCUCAAGUUUAUGGCUCUUGGUUCCACACAGGGGCUGACACAAGUCAAGACUCUGCAGUGGCCACAAACGACCCAGAACAGCAAGUGCUGAAGGAGACCCGGGGCCGAUUCCACCUCGUAGGGGACAUGAAGAGCAACAACUGUUCCCUGGAUAUCAGAGAUGCACAAAGAGGUGACAACGGUUCCUACUUCUUCAUGGGAAAGCAGCAAAAAAGGUUACAGUGGAGUUCCUGUAAGAAGCCAGUGUCUGUGCAUGUGACAGCCCUCACAUACAACCCACACAUCCUCCCGCUGGAGACCCUGAAGCCUGGCUGUCCCAGAAACCUGACCUGCUCUGUGCCCUGGGCCUGUGAGAGGGGGACACCCCCCAUCUUCUCCUGGAUGUCAGCUGCCCUCACCUCCCUGGGCCCAAGGACCACUCUCUCCUCAGUGCUGACCCUCACACCCAGGCCUCAGGACCAUGGCACCAACCUCACCUGUCAGGUGGCCUUCCCUGGAGCUGGUGUAACUGUGGAAAGGACCAUCCAGCUCAAUGUCACCUCAGGGAACCCAGGAGGAAAGUCAGCUUCAGGAGUGAUUCUGGGAGCCAUCGGGGGUGCUGGUGUGACAGCUCUGCUCUCCGUCUCCAUCUGCCUCGUCUUCUUCAUAGUGAAGGCACACAGAAAGAAAGCAGCCAGGACUGCAGUGAGCAUGAGCCACAUGCACCCCACUGCUGAGUCACUUUCCCAGUGUCAACAGCAGGACUCCAAGGUUCACAGCCAUGCUGAGGACCCCACCUUGGGGAUAGAGCAAGAAGUACACUAUGCGUCCCUCAGCUUUCACAGGUCAGCGCCUCAGAAGGAAACCUCUCCCUAGUAUGUAGAGAUGUGGACCCAUGGAGGAACCAUCAGGAACAUCACUCUUAGCCGUAAUACUGUGUCCUCUGUGGCUGAUUUUCAGAGACUUUCCACCAUACAAUUCUGAGGUUUCGGCUGAAGCAAAAUCUCUCUGAAUUCCCUUGUGAAUAUAUUUCUCUCAAGACCAGUGAACUGGGCAUUGAAUACUGCCUCUUACAUGCCCAAGUCUAUAAAAAAUGCUCAUAUCACUGAGGGAAGUCAGGACAGAAACUCAAGCAAUAAGUUGAAGCAGAAACCAUGGGAGAGGGGCUGGAAAGGUAGCUCAGAGGUUAAGAACAUGCAAUUCUCUUGCAGAGGACCUGAGUACAGUUUCCAGCACCCACAUCAGGUAGCUCACAAGCACCUGUAACUUUAGCUCUGAUCAGAAGCAUAUACCCACACUGUCCUGACUAGUUUAUCGUCAACAUGUUAUUUGAUACUGGAGACUCCACUGAGGAAAUGAUCCUGUAAGAUUUGUCUGUCAUCGUCGGCAGUGCAUUUUCUUAACUAGGGAUGUUGUGCGAGUGCCCAGCCCAUUGUGCGUCAUGCAACAUAAGAGUAAGGGGUGGUUCUGGGUGCAACACCAAAGUGAGCUGAUCAAGCCAGUAAGAAGCGCUUCUCCAAAUCCUCAGGAUCAGUUCCACCUCCAGGUUCUUGCCUUGAGCACCUGCUCUGAUUUUCCUGGAUGAUGGACUGGUGUCUGAAAUAGACCCUUUCCUCCUCAAGCUUGGUCAUGGUGUUUCAUCGCAGCAGUAGGAAACCUAAGACUGAAAAUGGUACCAGGAGUAGGGUAUUUCUUGACAGACCUGACCAUGUUUUGAGGAGGAUUGUGAAAGGACUUUGGAACUUUGAGCUAGAAAAGUCAUUAAGUGUUCAGAGUUUAAUGAUCUAUUGUAGGAACUUAGACGAUAAUGCUGGGAGUAGUGCAAACAAUGGGGCUUGUCUUCUAAAGUUUCAAAGGAAGCAAAGACUCCAUUGGAGAUGUGUGAUACUUUGAAUUAAGAAUAUGUGGUUCUGGUCAGUUGGGGAAUCAGCUGUAAUUAACAAGAGACCAGUACCAUUCAAGUGAAACCUUUUUCAGUCUCAGCUCUACUGAGACAAUUGAUGCUGGUCAGCAGAAGCUGAGAAAUCAUCAGUGGUUAAGAAGAGACCAGCAUCAUUGAGGUGAAAUCUUCUGGGAAGUAUUUCUUUAGUGUUGGCACACAGAAACUGUGUUCCAGAGGGGCCAUGCUGGUAACUUCUGCUGACAGCCGAACUUGGUCAUGUGUAAGAGUCACUGAGGUGGUACUGAAAAGGCAUGAAGGGGUCACGGAGAGCAGAUGAGGAUUGGUACUGUGCAGCAGGACUGGAAUCCAUGAAGAGAGGCCCAGAGAGGCCACGGGUGAGGUGCAACCUCAGCCGCAGCAGAAGCCCCAGGACUGAAGAUGACAGGAUCAGAGUCCCUGAAGAGAGACCAGGAGAGGCUGCUGGUGAAGGUGCAGCCCAGUUUCAGUGCAGACCACAGCAUUUGGAGAUGCCAGCACCAUGGGAUGACCAUUGAGGACAGCAGCAGCCAUGUAGUGGAGCUUACCUGCACCUAGGAGACAAGCUGUGUGUGUGUGCUGUAUAUAUAGAGCCAGAGAGGUACCACUGCCAAUCCCUUUGGAGGCCAGAUCAUGGGUCCCAGAUGUCUGACACUGAGCUUUAUACUGCUAGACCUUAGUUUUGUUUUGAUCUGUGACUAUACCCUGGUUCUUCCCUCUUGGAUAGAAGUAUAUAACCUAUGUUUGAUUUUACAGAAGUCCACAGUAAAGAGAUUGAACUUUUCAAGA